UAGUGGCCUUCUUGCCUUGUAUCUGUUGUUGUGCGUCCGUCGUAAGUUGUGCCGGGCUUGUGUUUGUUUUGUGCUCAUUCUCCUUUGCAUUUGUUUCUUUCUUGUUGAUAUAACCCAAGAAUAUAAUACUACACUCCCAGAAACAUGUGUGCUUGCGAAAUCUUUUGGUUGUGAAAGUGACAACGUUCCGCAUAUUAUGCUUGAGUGAGACUAUUGUGGAAAUUGUACUACCUAUAUUUACUAUAUUAACAGCACAAUCUUUUCAUUGAAAAUCACACCGACUUCUGCUAGGACAAUGAAUGAUCGAAUUUUGCUACUGAUUGGAUUCAUCAUCAUCCAAAAUUUUGCAACAACUGUAGAUUUACAAGAGACUUUGGAAGAUAAACCUUGGAUCAAUAUAAGGAAGUUUCUUAUAAAUAUUACCCAUGAUUAUCUCAGUGCUAAUGAAUUGCAGCGUGAGCUAAGGGAUAGAUGCACUACAGAUUCAAAAGAAGUUGAUGGAACCACGUUACUGAAUGAGAUAAUGAGAGACUUUAAAAAUGCUUUACAAAGUAGCAUUAGCACUCUGAAGAAAUUAAAACAAGUUAUAGAAGACCAGCACGACAACAUGGAAGCAAAACCACGUAACCAGGCCACCAGCAAUAAUCUUUGCUGUGAAUCAGGAUACAAGGUUAAUGAAGGCUGUGCUGUCUUGCCAAGUCCAGCAAGGAAUGAUAGUGAUCUAGUAAAAGCUCCUUUUAUUCCACAAAGUGUUAUUAGCGAAUUUACGCGGUCUGCGAGACUUACAAAGCGAAAGAUUGUUCAUUAUGUUUCUUUUAAUGACGGCAGUGUUUACAUGCACCCCCCUUCAAUCAAUCCUUCAAAUACAAGUGCUUGUACGAAUUAUGAUCCAAGACGCAGGUAUUUUUAUACUCAAACAAAGUCGCCAGGAGCUCGAGAAUUGGUCAUAGUUAUUGACAGAAGAGAGAACACCAGCACAAAAGUCCUUGUGGAGGUAGUUCGUAAGAUAUUCAACACGCUUCGUCCUACGGAUAAGGUAGCGCUCUGUUUGCCUUACCAAAACAUAUGCAAGACAGAACAUCUUGAACAUACAAAAAAGAAUACUUGGUCUAUGCAGAAUCAUCCAUUAACGAAUUGGACAUUGUCUGGACACACUGUACUUGCAUCACAUAUAAACAUAGAAAGGAUCAAUUCAUCUUUUAUUGACUGGCUCAAGCCAAAAGUAGAGGAUACAUAUAUAAUCAACAACUAUACAACAACUCUUGCAUCUGCAAGUGAUCUCUUAAAUCAAGAUUCCUCCUGUCGGUCUUGUCAAAUGAUUAAAGGGAAGUACUGUCAAAUAUUAGUACUUGUGACUCCAGAAGGUGAAAGCAGCAAGUGGAAUAGCAGUGAGGUGUUUGACCACAUAAGAAAAAGCAGCGUUAGCAUUGUCUUUCGUCAUUUUAAAGAAGCGAUGCCUUCAAUCAUUGCCGAUGACACCAUUUCAUAUUCCAACAGUGACGAGAGUGAUUUAUUUUGUCACCAAAGUGUUCCUGGCUCGAAUAAUCCUGUGGUCUUAAUGCCGUAUGUUGAUGGUUUUGGAAUGGGCUAUAUCAUGUCCAUCUGUUUGCCAUUGACGAAAGGGUCAGACUUCUUGGGAGUUGUGUGCAGUGACCUCAACUUUGUUAAUUUGGAGGCAAAAAUCAGUGUAGAAGGUAUUAAAGAUGCGUAUGUUUUUAUGGUGAAUAGUUUCGGAUACACUUUGACGCAUCCUUUGUUGCCACCUCCGUACAGAAUUACCAAGGAUCUUACUUACGUUGACAUUCACAAGCUCGAACCAGCUGCCCAGGUUGAAUCCAUUUUGGAUUCAAUUAUUCGGCAUAGUUCAGGAUCACAGGACAGUGUAGAAGCUGGACUAAAUCUUGUGCAGUGCAGUACAGUAGAGGGAGUUGAAAUAAAGUCUGUUGGUCGUCCAAGCAGCUCUGACAUUCCUGGUAUUGUGAAGCUUUUUAAUAAGACAUUACAGUACUGCUGGGCUCCAAUCAACCAAACGGAUCUCACUAUUGUUAUAGUACUGCCACAAAACGACUCCAAGGCAUAUCUACCUCUGUGUAAGGGUUAUCAACCUCAGGGAUUACCUGCCUUCAAGUACCAUCUUCAGACUAACCACAGUGAGAGAAACUGUAGUGAAGGAGGGGAACCGAGAGAGGGAUUUGUGAAAUUUGCUCCUGACUGCUUCCUGGAUAUGUUGUCGUACGUUCAAAAUGGAAGUUUCUCGAUGUCAGAGAUUAGUGAUAUCUUCAGUGGUGAGAAGCCUUCUCAAGAGGUCAUGAGGAAAGAUUUGUACGGAAGUGUAAAACUACUAAGAAAAGCUGACCAGUUGUGGAGAGAAAUUGAUAGACCCGGCAAUCUAUCAUGUGUUAGGUACAUGGGCACUGCUGAUGGAGUUUUCAUAUCCUUCCCAGGAAAAGUUCUUCAUCAGGCUUACGAUCACCGAAAUACCCCAUGGUAUCGUCGGGCAGUAUCUUUUCAGCAAAAAGAACUUAUCGCCAUGACUACCCCACAUUGUAGUGAAUUUGGAGGACGCACAUUGUACACAAUUACCCAGACACUUUAUGAUAAGUAUGACAACCCUGUAGCAGUAGUUGCUGGUGAUUUUCCUGCGCAACACAUCUUGGAUGAGUUUAAGUCCAAAUUCCCUUUCUGCAAGAAAUCCAUAUGCAUCUUAGUUGACAGCUUGGGGUAUGUGGUCCUCAAGAGUGACUGGGAGUAUACUGAAAGUUGUAAUAAAGAUACAGAAAUCGUGGCUGCUCACAUAACACGCGUUGCACCUGACCUAGCUUUGAACAUGAUAUCGAAAUACCUCCUACAACGAAGGGCAUGCCAUGACUAUGAAGAGAAUUUAACAUUUUACUACUGGUCGUUUGCUUUAAAAGGAAGAGAUACAGUAUACAAAGCACCUACAUCUAUUUACACUGUUUACAAGAUUGCCCAAACCAAUCUGCACUUGAUCGUAAGAGGGAAUGGAGCAAGUGAUAGAAGUUGUAACUGUGACCCUUUCAAGAAAGGGAGCAGUUUGGAGUGCCAUGACACAUGUGCUGUAGAAUGUGAAUGUCCCUGUAAAGCUGGAAGUAAUACGGUCCCUUGCCAUAAUGCAGAUCAAGAUGUUCACAGAUAUCCCAUACCAGCAUGCAAACCAUUGGGAUUUAUAGAGGAUAUAUCCAAGUGUAGUCUGAACAAGACCUUUCCUACUGUAGAGAGCAUCGUAGAUUCGAAGAAGAUUGAAUAGCAAUUACCAAGAAAUCCGAUGCAACCUUGGGAGUAUAAUACUGCGUGGAAUUAUGCAAGAAGGACUUCAACUCUCUCUCUCUCUCUCUCUCUCUCUCUCUCUCUCUCUCUCUCUCUCUCUCUCUCUCUCUCUCUCUCUCUCUCUCUCUCUCUCUCUCUCUCUGCUUUUUACAUCUUGAUCACAAUCUGCUGGCUUUACUCAUUUCAAACAUUUCAAAAUUGAUAGCAAAAUUUUAAAACUAACAGCUGCUUCAGAAAGUUUUAAAGCAGUGCGCUAAGUAGACUUAUUAAGUGCUUCUAAAUUACUAAGAAACAGAUAUAUUAUUUACAAUACUACAAGUACAUACUAUAAAUGCAUUGUUUUGAUCAGCAUUAGGUGUGAAUAUGAUGUUGUUGAGAUUAUUGACAGAUAUGACAAGAGGGGAAAUACUGUAGGUUCAGUUAUUCAUUGAUACAUAAAGUGGUUUAUUAUUUGUAUUUUUGGAAUGCAGCUGGCAAACAAUAUUUUCUUUGGUUCAUGCUUGUAAGUGGGCAAUGUGCGUAAGUGGCUAAAGAACAUAUAUUAAGAAAUGCUAAUUUCUUUAGUGCUAAAACUGGUAUUUUUGUUUACCCAAUGGUUAUGCAUGGGUAGAGUUUUGAGUGACUACCUUAUUGUAUAUGAGGAAUUUUGAAACAAAUUCAUUUCAUGUUAAAUUUCCUUUAUUUUUUCUCACAUCCAGUUGGCAGUGGUAGCAAAAUGAACCCUGCUCAGGCAGACUGCAAAUCAAAAUUACAUCAGGUAGACAUGUGCUUGUUAGGCCUGGAAAUCAAAAGAAUAUUAAAAAAUGCUUCUUUCAUUUAAAUCAUUCCUGAAAAUUUUACAACAUACUUAGUGUAUGUUCAAUGAAAUCAUUUCGUGGAAAAUAAUUUUAAUGCUUUAUAUAUUUUUAUCAUUUUUUGAAAAAGGCUUUGAAAAUUUUUGAAAAACCCAAUAAAAAUCACAUCCACAUAAUAAUGAAUGAUUGGAGGUGAUUCCAAUGCUUGUUGUAUGACAGUACUUCAUGAGAUGAAGAGGGGUUCUCAGACAGUCCAACUAAAUCUACAAACGGUGAGAUUAAGCGUUAUCAAACGAUAACAUGCACACUAGGGAGAAGUACGAAAGGCAAGUGAGAGCUAUUGGUUGCUUGGACAUCACUUGUGGCUAACAUAUUUCAAGAACGUACGCUCAACAUUCAGAGAAGCCAAUAUUGCAAAAGUAGUGAAGAAAUAAAAAGAGAAUCGGAAACAAACAGGCAUUCUAAGCAAUCAUGUUUUGACAUUGGUCAAAAGUAAUCGUGCAGUAUUUAAAUACACAAAGACAUUUAAAUCUGUGGUUGUGUGAAUGCACUAAAACCUCCUGAAAAAAGUUAGACGGAUAUU